CCUGCGCCACAGCCACCUAGCUCCGUAGAGCUGGAAGGGUUUCUUCAGGUUUUCUUUGGCUGACCGAGUCCAGCGACUAACAAUUCAAAUCCUUUGUUCGCCAAGGUUUUAUUGAUAUUUGUUUCGGUUAAUUGAGGUUAGGACGGUUCGAGCAGCGUUCCUCUAAGGCAAACCAACGCCACCAUCAGUUGACUGAAAGAAAGACAUGCAUGCAAUUCUUUUUUGGGGGAACUAUCUACUGGGGGAAUAAAGUAGUUAUUUGAUGUAAGACACAUUUGUUUGCCUGCCAAAGGUAAACCGCAUCUGUAAAAAAAAAAAAAAUCCUUUCAGUUCUAUUGACACAGGGGUCACGAUGAUAUUACUUAGUACAGAAGUCAUUCGGGCAUCGAUGGUAGGCAUUACGAGCAUACAUGAAGUGAGCAACGGUGACUGGAUCAAACGGAGUGACUUACGGAGACCAAACCAAUGAGAUGAAGUUAUUGUAACCUUAAACGAAAACCAUUGGACACAUGACUGCUGAUCAAUUUGCAAAGCCAAUCAAAGAUAUUGUCCCCGCCCACUCCAAUGUAUCCCGCCUCCGAGGUUUCUGGACUCCACCUGAUAGCCCUGGAAAGAGUAAGAAAGACCGGCGGCCAACUUUUUGAUAGCUUACAAACUAGGCUAAGAUGCCCCUUUCCCCGGACCCCAUGAACCUGUGUUCAUGUGAAACGCUUCAGUAUGAAUAAAGAAAAUGUGCGGAGUGAAAUGGACCUGGCAUCUGGAUCAGCCAAGCGCUAUGGGUCAUCAAGGAGUAUCGUGCGAAGAAUAGCUACAAGUCUGCCUCUUCAAACCCUGUCCCAGAAGUCCAGUUCCAGCCACCCUCCUAGCUAUGAGGAAUGCUGUAGGGCAGCUCUAGGUCGGUUCACUCGCUUGCCGCCGGCGACCUUUUACCGAAUAACAUGCUGUCUGAACCCCUAUGCAGAGGACGGCAGCUACCUGAGAGCCCCCAGCAGACAGAACUUCCUGGUCACCUCCCUUGCUGACGUGGGCUGGAUCGCCCGAGAAGACAACGAUGAGGAUGAUGAGGAGGAUGAAGACUACUUUGACAUGCCGAGGCCAGGGCCUUCAACAGGGCUGGUGUUUCGAUUGUCCCAGCCUCAGUCCCCCAAGGUGCCCAUGGCCCGGCCCCGGUCGCUACCCAGCCUGCACCAGGUGGACCCGGACCCCAAGGGCCCGGCCGCCAGCAACAACGAGGCCAAUCGGAAGAUCAGCGCCCUGGAGGAGGAGCUGGCCAAGUUGAGGGUGCAGAUCGCACAGAUUGUCCUGGCACAGGAGAGGAGCACGCAGUCAGCGCCUCCCCAGGCCUUCGGGGCCCCCCCACCACCCCCGCCCCCACCCCCACCACCUCCUCCUCCCCCUCUCCCUCCUCCGGCCCACGUGCUCCAGAGGACCUUCUCAGCCAUGGACCUGAUCAGGGAGCGCCGGGGGAAGAAGCUGGAGAGCGGCCCGGCGGCCCCGGAGCCCAAAGCGGCCCCCAGCAUGCUCGACGUGCUGAAGGACAUGGGCCAGGUGAAAGCUGCGCUCGGUCAAAAGGUGAGCGCCGCGACGGGGGGGGAGGCCAAGGCCAGCCAGCCCAUGGACGCCGCCUCCCUCAUCGCCCAGGCCCUGAAGCGCAAGUUCGCCCACCGCCACCGUCACGACAGCGGAGCAGAGGACGACGGGGAAUUCACACUGCCUAUCCCAGACGCCAAACCGCCGGUCCAGACGCCCUCGUUCGGCCAGCACAUGUUGAAAUCCAGCGCCAAAAGGAAGUGGGACUGAGCAGCGCCCUCCCCCACGUCGAGGGGCCGUGUUUGGGACGAGAGCUCCGCCUCGGGUGGCUCCUUGUCUCACCCGCCUUCCAGUGUCGGCCUUUCUCACACUCGCAGAGAGAAGGCAGUAGGUCAUUCUGAACGGGCUCAGCCUGCAGCAGAUGGGGGGGGGGGGGGCUCCAUAAACCCAUCGUAUGUCCCAAAGGUUGCACCUGACGGUCCCUUCCAGCAUGAAAGCCGGUUAUUUUUGCACUUUGUUUAUUUAUGUACUGUUGCGGCACAACAGUGUUUGUUUGUUUGUUUGUUUGAAGCAAGUUUCUUUCUCAUAUUUAUCAUUGUGUGUUUCGUUAAUGCAAACAGACUGAACGAAUUAAAGUACCAGUUGUGUCAUUUUAAGGUGAGGCAGCACCACUUUUUACUGGCAUCAUUUGUAAUGGUAAUGAGUAACUAUUCCCUGUGGGUCUUUCAGAAGGUGCGUGGUUUUCUGCAUGCCCAGUCUAAGGGGGACAUGGCAGAGGAAAGGGAGCAGUAUUGUUAUCAUAUAACACUUGGUAGUCUUUUUAAUUCAUCAUUAAUAUAAGUUUUGUUUAACACAGAUUAUGCCUAGAUUUUGAUUAGGUCAUUGUCCAAUCAAAGCAUGCAUUCUACUCAUUUGAUCGUUUUGGACUUCUGCGCAGUUCAGUGUUUCCCUCUGUACUAGUUUCAAGGCCCAGAAGGAGCGGGAACUAUGUGGCCAUGUUGGAGUUUUGUACCGUUGAGACAUUUUAACGUCUCUCCUAAUUGUGUUCUGUACUUCACAGCCAAAUAACUUCUACAUCAGUGUUCCAAAAGCAUUGUUUUAUUGCCAACUGCUAGUUGAAUCUUUUCUUUUUAAAUGUAUCUUUGUUUAAUGAUUUAUUGUGGACGUUUUCAAAGGAGAGUAAUUAAUAUUGUAUUGGACACUAUCAAUGUAGAUCUUUCAUUACCUACUGACAAUAAAGUAUUUUGAUUUCUAGAAAAGGGUCCCACAGUGAGUUCAUGUUGAGGUUCUUCUGCUUUAGCAGGCCUACACCUCUUACUCACUGAAAACCAUUCAUUAAAGACCCUCAUUCUAAUGCUAGUUUUUCACAGUUCAAUUACCUUGGUAUGCAAUGUUGACACCAAAGCUUAAUUAAAUGUGGGGCUUGUCUUGACUUCUAGAUCACAGUAGCACAGCAGUUCAUAGAUCACACACCAACACUGUUAUGACUGAUCACUGCCAGUGAGGUUGUUUCAAGUCAUGAUUUUAAAGGGAAGUAAACUGUUGGAGGUAUCUCAAAUGUUCACUGAAAUGUUUGCCAGUAACUGACAAAUGAUGAAUAAAUAACUGAAGUUUUUGUGCUCAA